AUGGCUACCAACACUGUUCCCUCGGAGAUCAUAGAAAGAGAGCGAAAAAAAUUACUUGAAAUCCUCCAUCAAGAUCCUGAUUCUAUCUUAGACACAUUGAUGUCUCGGAGACUGAUUUCUGAGAAGGAGUACGAAACUCUGGAUAAAGUUACAGAUCCCCUGAAGAAAAGUCGCAAGCUGCUCAUUUUGGUACAGAGAAAGGGAGAGGUGAGCUGUCAGCAUUUUCUCAAGUGUUUCCUUACUACUUUUCCAGAGUCAGCUGCCACUUGUAACUUAAGUUUAAAGCAUGAAAUUUUAAAACAUGAGACUACAGAACCUUUUCAAUCUACGGGUAUGGGCAAAAAUUCAGAAGAUGCAUUUUUCUAUGAGACGAAACAGCCUGAGAACCAUGAGGUCACAGUGUCCUUCCAAGAGAAAAGACAAUUGGAUUUGGAAACCUCUGAGUAUUUGGGAGACAAGAAAAUUAGUGAUAGGGAAACUGCUUUGUCCUCAAAGGAGGAUGAGAAGGAAUAUGACACAGCCAAAGACACAUUCUCACAUGCAAUUGAGGAUGUUAACUAUGAAGUGCCAUCAACUGUUGCAUAUUUAAGGGAUGGGCAGAGAUAUGAGGAAUCAGAUGAUUCUUUAUACCUGGGGGAAGAAGAAUAUCUAGGGUCUGUUGAAUACCCUGAAAAUGCAGAAACCACAGACAAAGAAGAGUGCUAUGACCACCUAGAGCAUGUUGAAUAUGAUGGUGAAGAGGACUCUGAGUAUUCAGAAAUCCCAGAGUUCUCUGGAAACGAGCAGAAUUAUGAGGACUCACAGACCCACAUGAUAUUGGAAGAAGAGGAGGAGAAGAGUAUCGAAGAAAGAAAAAAAGUGUUUAAAGACGUCCUGUCAUACCUGAACUUGAAUAGGAGCAGAAAGCUUCUGCCAGAUCUUGUGAAACAAUUCUCCUUAAACCAUGAAUAUAAGUGGACACCUGAGAAUCCUGGAGAUUUAGUUUGGGAUUUCCUGAUGAAAGUUCAAGCACUAGAUGUGACAGCCAGAGAUUCAAUUGUCAGGCACAGGGUUCUGAGUGAGGACUGCGAGGGGGAAUUGCUGACUGAAAUGGAAAAUUUGGAACUUAGAGACAUCCAGUCCAUUAAUCCCCUUGAUGUUCUUUGUGCCACCAUGCUGUGUUCACAUAGCUCUUUGCAAUGUGAACUCAUGUCAAAUAUGUAUCUAUGCCAUUUUGCUCUUCCCCUGCUACUGCCAGAUGCAGAAAACAACAGAAGCAUCUUAAUGCUGGGGGCCAUGAAGGACAUUGUGAAACAGCAGUCAGUCCAGCGUUCAGGGGGUCCUGCCAAGGACACAGAAGACUUCCUGGCUCACAUCAAGAUGCCUGUCAUCUCUUUUGUUCGUUUACAGUCCUGUAGUUUCUCCAAAACCAGAAUCCUCAACAAACUCCUUAACACUGCCCAAAUGAGAUCACACAAAAUCUUCCUUCACCAGGAUUCACCUGUUUUGGUGCCUCCUCGGCAAAUCUCUGAUGGCCUGGUUGAGAUAACUUGGUGUUUUCCUGAUGGUGAUAGUCUGAAGGAAAACUCUAGUUUUAUCCAGAAGUCCAUUGCUGUGGCCAACCUUCGUGGAGACCUAGAAAGUUUUUGGACACAGUUUGGUUUUUUGAUGGAAGUUUCUUCAGCUGUGUUUUUUUUCAGUGACUACCUAGGUGAGAAGGAAUGGAAUCUGCUAAGGUUCUUAGGAAAAGGUACCAUUGAAAGAUGCUACUUUGUCCUCAGUCCCCAGGCCAGGGAGAAUGAAGAGGCCCAUAUUUUUCAGAGGAUCUUAGAGUUGAAGCCAUCACAGAUACUGUUUUUAGAGGGGGAGGAAGCUGAGGAUGAAGGGAAGGACAUGGGGUGCCUUCAAGUGGCCCUCCAGGAGGUGAUGUGCUCUGAACCCAGAUACGUGUCUGUGGAGGACAUGGCUUUCCUGGCCAGGGAAUUGGGGAUCCAAGUAGACCAAGACUAUGAGGACACUCAAGGAAUUCAAGUUUCUCCUGGGGAAAACAUGACUGGAACAGCUGAAAGUGAGAGAAAACAAAGACAUAGUCAACCAAAAUCCCCAGCUCAAAUGCCUACAAGAGAACCUGGAGCUAUAUGUCAGAAUCCUCAGAACAUCUACUCCGUCCCAGGAUUCAUGCCUCCUCCACAAAUCUCCUCACCGUUACUACCCAGAAUUGGAGGUAACUUUAACCAGGCUUCCUUGAGACCCCCCUGGCUUAUGGGCUCCCACUUUUGGUUAGAGCAGAGAUGUAAGUGGGUCCGUCCUUUGGUCUUUCAUAAUACAAGGGCCCAUAGUCAAGGUAAAGGAUUUGGUCUACAAUACUUCCAGCCCCAAAGAUUUUAUUCAGGUGAAAGGUUCAUGAAGUUUUCAACAACUGGAAUGUUUGAGAGGCAACCAAGACCUAUUUUUAAGCAUAUACAAGCCUGGCCUGAAAGACCAAAACCAAUGGGAGCUUUUGGCUCACAGCUACCAGGAGGCGUUAGAAAGCCACAUCCAGGGCCACCCCGUGCUCGGGGAACACGGCAAUCUGCAGCAACUGGAAACCACAUGAGAACAACAUCCUGUAUAAAAGAUCCGCAUCACCAAGCCUUUCAACCAACAGGAACCCCACAAAAGUCCAUAAGAUCUGUUUCUCAGCAAAGAUCCCAGGAUAGGACACAGAGAAGGCCUUCGGAUCCAGCUUUCCAAACAAAAUCCCAUCCCAUGUCCACUAACUUUCAGCCCAAAUCUAGUCAACCCAAGUACUCCCAGCCUAAACCCUCUCAACAUGCAUAUUCUCAAUCUAAUCCCACUCAAUCAAAGACCUCUCAACCUAAAGACCCCCAGUCCAAACCCACUCAGUCCCAGGCCUCUCAACAUAAAGCCCCCCAGUCCUUACCCUCUCAGCCUAAGUGUACCCAAUUUAAGUCCCAUCAGCCCAGACCAUCUCAGCCUAAGGCAUCCCAGGCCAGGUCUUCACAGGCCAAGGUAUGCCACUCAAGAGUAAGUUCCAGAAAGUGA